GUAUAGGCCAACAUGAUCAAUCUUGUUCUAUCUCUCUCUCUCUCUCUCAUGUGAUCUAGAGAGAGAGAGAGAUUUGAUUAACUUUGAGAUUCAUAUAAAAAAUUCCCAUAGAUUGUUUUAGUCAAUGGUUUUAAUGUUUGAAAUUGUUUUACUGUUUUUUAAGCUUAUCUGAUAGAAUUAGCAUGAUUGUGACUUUUUUUUACUUAUUUCUCUUGUGAUUUCUCACAUGUAGUUUAAUUAUUGGUGUGUUAUUAAUAUAAUAUGGAAUUUGCUAUAUCUACUUUUGUUACUUUCCUACUUGAUUAUGAUAAAGAAACUGUUAGUGUUAGGUAGGUAGGGCCAUGGCACGGCAUGUGAAUGUGGAAUUAAUGAAUACAAAACAUAAUUUUUCAUUGUGUUCUAUUUAAAUGUCAUAGAUUAUCUUAAAUCCUUAGUUUUAUAUUUUUUUAAGAGCUCAAAACUGUACUUUAUUUUCUAAUUGCUAUGAAGAGAUUAGAUAUUUUUGUUGGUGGGUGACCCUUAUCUAUGAGAAGUGAAAUUACUUGUAUAUUUUGAAGAAAAUGUAGCACAUAUGAAGCACAUUACAUGUACUAUUUAAUUUAUGCUAAAAACAACUAUAAAUUUGGUUAGUUGAGCCAGCUGUUGCUGUUCACCUACAUUUCACCUACCAAAAUUUGUUGUGCUCUCUCAAUCACUUAAUGUAAACUGCUAGAAGAUUCAGGUACUAACAGUCAAAGAACACAUUGUAAGACAAAAGGAAAUGGCCUUCAAUCAGUAUUUUGAGGAGGGUGUGGACCGAAUUGAGUCCUUGGAAGAUAAACCAUCUCAGGAAAUAUGGAAAUGUGCGAGUGCUGAAGCAAUUUCAGGCUCUAGCGGCUUUGACUGCAACAUAUGUCUUGAGUGUGUGCAAGAUCCGGUUGUCACUCUUUGCGGUCAUCUCUACUGCUGGCCCUGCAUUUACAAAUGGCUUAAUUUCAAUGACGAAAAUGAAGAUAAGCGAAAGGAGAAGCCACAAUGUCCAGUAUGCAAAUCAGAAAUUUCAAAGUCAUCUCUUGUUCCGCUCUAUGGCCGCGGCCAAACUACACCGCCUUCCAAAGGCAAUGCUCAACAAGUAAGGAGUGUGAUACCACCGAGACCGCUUCGUCCAUUACCAAGAUCACUUGAUGCUGCAUCUGUUUCACAACAUACUUCUCAGGUUUAUCAUCCUCAUUAUCUUAACCAUACUCAACGAUACACUUCACCAAUGCUUAACACAAGUGGUUUAAUGACCAAUCCAUUGGAUACAACUUAUGGUGUCUUUGGUGAGAUGAUAUAUGCAAGGAUCUUUGGUAACCAAGUGACAAACAUAUAUACAUACCCAAAUUCGUAUAAUCUUACAGGAAUUAGUAAUCCAAGGAUGAGAAGGCAUUUGAUGCGAGCAGAUAGGUCGCUCGGUAGAAUCUGUUUCUUCCUCUUUUGUUGCACAGUUUUGUGUCUUCUCUUAUUUUGAAUGCUAUUCCAUAUUUGUUGUGCAAUACAUUCCUGUAUAGAAUAGAACAAGCUGUAUGCCGAAUGCCGGUUUAGUUAGAUUAGAUGUAUCAUAUAUAUCAUCAGAGAAGUUGCAUAUUUGGUACUGCUGAGAUAGGUUGGUAUAACUACCAGUCUUUCUCUCUUUGAGUAAUUUGAAAUGGAUGUUUGAAUAAA